ACGCCAUUUCUCUUAAUACUUAUAUCAAAUCAAUACAUACAAUCUAGAGCAGCACAUCAUACAGAUACUUCAUUUUUAAAGACUAGUUGGACUGCAAGCCUCAAGAGAUGUCUUUUUUGUUCGGUAAACGGAAAACUCCGGAGGAGAUGCUGAGACAAAACCAGCGGGCACUCCAGAAAGUGAUACGUGAGCUAGAGAAAGAGAGAACCGCCCUGGAGAGACAAGAAAAGAAACUUAUCACCGACAUAAAGAAGAUGGCCAAGAGUGGACAAAUGGACGCCGUCAAAAUAAUGGCAAAGGACCUCGUCAGGACUCGAGCCUUUAUCAAGAAGUUUAUCUUAAUGAAGGCCAACAUACAAGGGAUUUCUCUUAAGAUACAGACCCUUAAAUCUCAGGCUUCCAUGGCAACAGCCAUGAAAGGUGUCACUAAAGCGUUGAAGAGAAUGAACUCAAAAAUCAAUCUUCCCAAUCUUCAGAAGAUCAUGAUGGAGUUCGAGAGAGAGUCGGAGAUAAUGGACAUCAAAGAGGAGACAAUGACGGACACUAUGGAUGACGUACUGGGAGAGGGAGACGAAGAAGAAGAAACUGAAGUUAUAGUUUCUCAAGUCUUAGAUGAACUGGGAAUCUCGUUAGAUCAGGAACUAUCCGGAAUAACUCCAGGACUGGAGCGACCUCACAUCAGUACAGACACUACGAAACAAAAAGUUGUAGCUGGUGCUGAAACUGACGAUCUUCAGGCUCGUCUUGAUAACUUGAAGCGUGGCGACGAUGAUUAAGUUUUAAAAGCUAAUUAUUAUAUAGAUCUCACCUAUCUUGAUGUCGUUAUUCUUGUUUAUAAUAACUAAUCAUUAAUAGUAAAUAAUAGUUAAUAUAAUGAUAAUAACAAACGUCCUGUCAUGUGAUUUAAAUUAAUUUUGUCAUUUAUCUGUGCUUUUUACUGCAGUAAUUAAUUUUUAAAAGAUUUA